AUGCCAUCAAAGGUAGAAGCGAAUUUACCUCCCACUAAUGAAGGGUACGGGACUCAUGAGUACUGGGAACAACGAUAUGCAAAUGAAGCAGAUGGAACGACGUUUGAUUGGUUCUUAUCCCCCACGUAUCUAUUACCGUUAUUCGAAGAACUCACUUUAGAUAUAGGAGGUAAAGGGAAAGGCAAAGAAGCUAGGAUAUUAACUUUAGGAUGUGGGAAUUCAGCUUUAGGAGAAGUACUAUAUGAUAAUGGAUGGGAAGAAAUCGUGAAUAUUGAUUACUCCAAAAUUGUGAUUGACCAGAUGAAAUCAAGACAUUCAGCACGUACCAAAAUGGAAUGGCUGGAAAUGGACAUAUUGAAUUUAGACUUUCAAGAUGAAGAAUUCGGUUUAGUGGUGGAUAAAGGCACGAUGGAAGAUGGAAGUGCGAUGCUGACCACGAAAGGUGAUCCCUGGAAUCCCUCGGAAAAAGAUGUUGUCACUUGUACACAAGAAGUAACAGAAGCUAUACGCGUGUUGAAGAAACAACCCGGGAGUAAAUUUGUAUAUUUCACGUUUGGUCAACCGCACUUUAGAAAGAGAUAUAUGGCAAAUCGACCGGGGUUCAAAUUAACACAUCGUGAAAUUGGACCACCAGAAGGAUUCGCAUACUUCAUGUAUGUACUGGAGUACGUAGGCGAUGUAUAG